AGUCUGUGACAGUUAUCGCUCUGAUUCGGUAUGCCUUGGGUGAGCUCUUGUUACCCUCAACAUCGCUAAACUGGGUUACUAAUCUAUCGCGUGCGCGGGUUUAGUGACUAGUGUUAGUCUCUUGACAACAAGUGGAUAAGUAUUUAAGUAUUAAUAUUGUGAUAAUAUUAUAUGAUUUGAAUGUGUGAAGUCUGCGCAUGCGCACACCGGUUUGUGAGUAGUCAAGUUGACAAGUGUUUUAUUAAAACAAAUAAAAUCGAUUAGCAAAGUUAGUAGGUCUCCAAGUCGCGGACUAGAGACGUGUUUCAAUCGUCGCGCUUAUCCGAUCGUUUGCAAAUAGCGUGUUUAUUUACUGGUUUACCCUCAAUUCCUCCAGCAAAUUGUUUUCAUUCUAAACAAAAUGGUACAAAGUGUAACCCCUCAAGAUGCCGCCACGGUAAACAAAUUUCAGGGACCAAAUGCCUACACGUUCAGUGACUGCUUGACAUUAACAAAGAUUGGAAAAUUUAAUUAUUUUUUAAUAUUCAUCUCCGGCAUGGUGAUGGCCACGCUGUUGCUGGAAACCUCCUCAAUGGGAUUUAUUUUACCGAUUGCACAAUGUGAUCUGCAAUUGACGAAUGUGGAUAAGGGUGUACUUAGCGCAAUCAGUUUUCUGGGUAUAAUAACGAGUUCUCAUUUGUGGGGAUUUUUGGCAGAUACGAAGGGUCGUCGCAAAGUGAUGAGACCUACACUGUUGGCCACAUUUACGAUUACAAUACUCUCAAGUUUCGCAAUCAAUUAUUGGGUUAUGGUUUUACUACGUUUCUUUAAUGGAUUUUUUUUGGCUAGCACUGCAACAAUCUACGCAUACCUCGGUGAAUUUCACACAGAUAAAACACGCUCACGAGCUAUUAUGGGAUCAGCAUUUAUAUUCGCUCUUGGCGCAAUGAUUUUACCAAUGAUCGCUUUUCUAGUCAUCAAUCGAGAUUGGGUUCUGCCUUUAUCAUUUCUGGGCAUAGAUUACAAGCCCUGGCGUCUGUUUAUAAUCGUAUGUGGCAUACCAGGAUUUCUUUGUGGAUUGUCACUUUUUGUAUUACCCGAAAGUCCAAAAUUUCUGCUUGCCAUUGGAGAGGAGAGCAAAGCUAUUGAAGUAUUGCAAAAAAUGCAUCGCUGGAAUGGUGGAAAGGAAGAGCUCAUUAUUACACAUAUUCUGCCCGAGGAUGACUCAGCAGUCUCAACAAUGAAAUUUAACAAUAACUUCGAUUCCAAUUCGAAUUUCGCACUAAUAUUUUUGCAAACGAUGUGGAACCAAACAGCACCACUGUUCCAACGGAAGUAUUUACGAAUCACAAUGAUCAUUUGCCAUAUACAAUUUUGGUUGUUUGUCGUCACCAAUGGCCUGUAUAUGUGGUUCCCGCAAACAAUUAAUAGUGUGGCGGCAUUCAUGCACGAACACCCAGGCGACCACAAACAAAUUUGUGAGAUUGUCUACGACCACCAAGAAAGCUUAUACAAUGCUGAUGGAACCAUCGCGUGCAUCGACAAGCUGGAAGACUCUACAUAUUAUUAUUCUUUCAUCAUGGAAAUAUUGUAUGCCAGCUCAUUCGCAUUUAUUGGCUUUGUCAUAAACCGUGUGGGAAAAAUAUUAAUACUUUUUAUUACGUUAAUAUUCUUCACAUCGUGCGGCAUAGUAUCGGUCUUCAUAGUCGAUCCAGCUAUAGCCGCCUACCUCUAUGUGCUCUUCUUCCUGGUAGGCGUGGCGAUCUAUGUGCUCAGUGCUGUUACAGUCGACUUGUACCCCACACACAUGCGCGCUAUGGCGGGUUGUAUUUCACUUAUGGUGGGCCGUUUGGGCAGUGUUGUCGGCGCUAAUAUAGCCGGCGCCCUGAUGAGUCAUUACUGUGAAUGGAACUUCUACAUCUGCUGCGGCGCUAUGUAUAUAUGCGCCUUUCUCGCACUCCUGCUGCCACGUAAGAGCCCCGAUGUGGCGAUCAAAAGUGAAUCGUGAUUGUUGGAUUAUAAUUUCUUAGUUUUUAGCGUGAUUUUAGUUAGACGUAUCUAGUACAGAAAUCAGUACAAGUAUAUGCGCAUAGAUUUAAACGAAUAUAUGUAUGUAUUAUUUAUUUCAUAGCUUAGUAACUUAAGUCAAGCAAAACGAUUAACCCAUAACCAUUUAACUAGAGUUUUGUAAUAGUGAUAUUAAAAUUUGAUCUGAAUAUAAGUUAAAUGAUUUAUAGCAUAGGUUAAAUAGACAUAGGUUUUUAUAACAAAUAAGGAUUUUUUGAUAUACGAUUAUGUUGAUUUAAAGGAAAAGAAAAUAAAAUUUAAAAAACAAACUUUUAAAAAUAUUCGUGACCAAAAUGUAAUUUAGACUUUAAUCACAUUGUAUCAGUGAAAGUCUUUUAAAAAAUAUUUUUGAAGUUUUUUAUGUACAACUUAUUGUUACUAAGUUAUGUUACAAUGGAGAACGGAAUCGUUUAUUAAAGUUUAUUUUGUAUUCUAAAGCAAAUUAGGAAGGAUAUGUAUGUAUUUGAAAACUAAUCGAACCCAACAUGAAGCGUUUUUAAGAAGUGUUUUUCCAAGCGAGUCUCAGUCACGGUUCGGACAAAAACAUGACCAUGAAGUUAGACGAAUCAUUUGACGAGAUAUCUGCACAAAAUUUGGAACGGAUCAUUAUCUACGAUAAUAAUGGAAUAUCCGAAGAAAUUGUUCGGAUCGGAUUAGUAUACAAGUGCUUGCCUGGAAACCUUUUUCAUUUGACGAGAUAUCUUCAUGAAAUUUGGAACAAAUUAUUAUUUAAAGCAAUAAUAGAAUCACUGAAAAAAUUGUUCAGAUCGGAUUACUAUAGCAUAUUGCUGUCAUACAAGCCGAACGAUCGGAAUAAAAUUCUUCUAAGGAACGUUUUGAAUUUGUGAAGGGUCCGGUGCAACCGAAGUUAAAGUUUUUGCUUGUUUUUUAAAUAAUAUAAGGCUACAAAAAAAAAUAUAUGAAAUUAAAAGCUCUUAAAAAAUUUUGGUUAAUUUCCUACAAACAAAAGAACUAUAACGAAUCAUAGCGAAAUUGGGGCUCACUAACUACCACCACUUAUACUCGUAUAGAAUCGGGACACAUCCUGUCAUAUUGCACUAAAAUUAAUGUUCAUUUUUGCUGUUCCUAUCACUGCACUAAAGUACUUUUUUUCUUUGUUUUAAGAUAUAGCUAAUUUUUAAGAGUAGUGAAGAACCAGCCAUCUCUCUUGACAAUCUUUUAAUGCUGACUGGGUGUACGGAAUAUAUGCGAGUCAGUACCGGUUCAUUGAUCAGAUUCAUUACAAUUGCUUAAAUAUUGACUUGAUAAAGUAAAUAAAUGCUAUUAGAAAGUUAGUAGAUAUUUGAUUGUACAACAAUAAUAACCAAAUUAGGUGUUUCGCAGGAUUGGUGCUUUUAAUUAAGACGCUCAGUGUUGCUUUAAUAAAUUUUCUUGUUUUUUAUAAAAUGGGUAAUUAUUUUUCAUAUAUGAAAUAUAAAUAAAGAGACGAUAUUUGAAAUUAGAUAACAUAAAUAUUUCUUGCACCGAAAUGUUAUUAUGAUUAUUUUAUGCACACAAAUGUGCUUCUCCACUUUAAGGUUCGAAGUAAAAAAACGAUAAAUUUAUCAAUAAAAUGAACAAGUUUGUUAAACGAGAAAAAAUUUGUAUUCGCUUUUGGUCUACUAAUAUGUGAUCAUAAAUGUUAUAAUGUUUGUAAAACAUCUCGAAAUUUUUUAAUUAAAAUACAUGAAUAAAAUUAAUGUGAAAUUUGAAA